GCGCGAGGAGCUGGACCAAAGAGGCUCAUCAUGGCUCCACUAGGACUCAAAGCCAUCGUGUGCGAAAAGAUUAUGAACGACGUCAUUAAAAAAGCCAGAGAGAAAGGAAAAUGGAAAGUCCUUGUAGUGGACAAACUGAGCAUGAGGAUGGUGUCGUCGUGUUGUAAAAUGACAGAUAUCAUGUCCGAGGGGAUCACCAUUGUAGAAGACAUCACAAAGAAACGCGAGCCUCUGCCCAGUAUGGAGGCCAUCUACCUGAUCACGCCGUCAGAUGAGUCUGUAGAAGGUCUAAUCGAUGACUUCAGAGAUCCACGGAAUCCACAAUAUAGAGCAGCACAUGUCUUCUUCACAGACACCAUCCCAGACUCUCUCUUUGGCCUGCUCACAAAGUCCCGCGCCUCCAAAGCCAUGAAGGCCUUGACCGAGAUCCACGUGGCCUUUCUGCCGUACGAGUCACAGGUCUUCUCCCUGGACAAAGUGGAUGCCUUCCAGGACUUUUACAGCCCAUUUAAAGCAGAUGUGAAGAACAACAUGCUGGAGCGCUGUGCCGAGCAGAUCGCCACUCUGUGUGCUACUCUCAAGGAGUACCCCGGGGUCCGCUACAGAGUAGAGUAUAAAGACUGUGCGACCCUGGCUCAGAUGCUACAGGAGAAACUGGACGGCUACAAAGCAGAUGACCCCUCCAUGGGAGAGGGUCCAGAUAAGUGCAGGACUCAGCUGAUCAUCCUAGACCGAGGCUUUGACCCUGUGUCUCCUGUGCUGCACGAGCUCACGCUGCAGGCCAUGGCCUACGACCUGCUGGGAGUCGAGAACGACGUGUACAGCUUUGAGACCAGCGGAAUGGGAGAAACCAGGACCAAAGAGGUGUUACUGGACGAGGACGAUGACCUGUGGCUGAGCCUGAGACACAAACACAUCGCAGAAGUUUCCACGGCAGUGACGCGAUCGCUCAAAGAGUUCUCAGCCAGCAAAAAGAUGAAGACUGGAGAGAAGACCACGAUGAAGGAGCUGUCCCAGAUGCUUAAGAAGAUGCCCCAGUACCAGAAAGAACUCAGUAAGUAUUCCACCCACCUGCACCUGGCUGAGGACUGUAUGAACCGAUAUCAAGGCACAGUGGACAAACUCUGUCGGGUCGAGCAAGACUUGGCGAUGGGCACCGAUGCAGAGGGUGAGAAGAUUAAAGACCCCAUGCGCCUCAUCGUGCCCAUUCUUCUGGACAGUAACGUGACGGUGAUGGACAAGAUCAGGAUCAUCCUCCUCUACAUCUUCCUCAAGAACGGAGUGACCGAGGAGAACCUGUGUAAACUGCUCCAACACGCCAACAUCCCCCCAGAGGACAGUGACAUCAUCUCCAACAUGGCCCACAUGGGAGUACCCAUCGUGUCCGAGGGCACAGUAAAGAAAGCCAAGAAGCCGGACCGUAAGGAGAGGAUCAGUGAGCAGACAUACCAGCUCUCCAGGUGGACCCCCUACGUCAAGGAUAUUAUUGAGGAUGCCAUUGAGGACAAACUUGACCCUAAGCUGUACCCAUACAUUUCCCAGAGACAAGUAACAGCCAAAGCCAGCGCCCCAUCGAGCAGCGCUCGCUAUGGCAACUGGCACAAGAACCGGGGCCCCACAGAGAUAAAGACGGGCCCCAGGAUCAUAGUGUUCAUAAUCGGAGGCGUGACUUACAGUGAGAUGCGCUGUGUGUAUGAGGUCACCCAGGCCAACGGCAAGUGGGAGGCGCUCAUUGGCUCCACUCACAUCAUCACUCCUCCGAAGUAUCUGAAGGAGCUGCAGCACUCGGACUUCCUGGACCCGAAUGCUCCUCCAGAGGGCGCUGAGGAGCAGCCUGCAGAAUGAACACAAAUUCUACUGGAAUCUUGACUCCAUCUCGCCUUCUCAAAGCCCUCAAACACCCGGAGAACGUCGACCGACUGACAAUCC